AUACAAUUCUCUGUUCUCUACUAAUUGCCUUAGCUCAAUUCAAUAUUCAAGAAAAAAAAAAAGGUUUCAGUAAAUGGGUGAGUAUUCGACAAAAAAGGAGAAAGCUAAGCCCACCUAUGCCGGCAAUGGAGAUAAAAAAAAAGCUGACAAGAAGAAGAAACCUGAGGAGAAAAAUGAAGGGAAGAAAGCAGCAGGUGAAAAGAAGGAAAAACAUGGUGGAAAGAGAGGAAAGAGGGGAAUUUUUGUGGGAUUUGUGGGAGUUAAGCUUUAGCUCCAAAUU